UUGGAGCAGAGACUAUAGUAAUAGUAGGAUCCAACAAUGGCUUCCCUUCCCUUCCCUUCCCCAGACCCCACGCAAAUUCAUCCUUUCGUUCUUUAAUUUUCAUUCUUUAUUGCAUUGCAUGGCUAAUUGGCUCACUUGUCGUUUCCACACCAGCCUCCGCAUUCGAUCGUGCUCUCUUAAUUUCAGUUUUUAAUUUUUUUUAACCGAAAGGGCUCUGCUUGCUCGACUGAGAGCUAUGAGGACAGACAGACAGGUAGUAGGCGCCAUUACUGGACUUCCAAUUCUGAUUCGAACAAUUACUCCUCAAGACAGCGUCAAUUAAAUGCUGUAAAUCCAAAACAGAAGUUUUCUUCAUUGAGAAGGAUGCUGAAAUUAAUUAAAAGCUCUCUGUGAUGGGAUUGGGGAUAGGGAUAGCGAUGGGGACCUCUCACAUCAGACCUUACUUUUUUUCUCUCUGCAAAUUGUUUGUUACACUUAUUUAUUUAAAUAUUCCUUUGUAUGAGAAAACGACUGACCACGAAUGAAUCAAUCCUCUUGUGCGAUGAUGGCUACUGCUGAUUUAUAUUUAUUUUUCGUUUUUUUUAUAUAACACCAUUUUUUUGCACAUAACCUGUUCGAUGUUUUGCCCCAGAGAGGAAGUGGACUCUUUCUUUUUUCUUGUUCUUUUGUUUCUUUCUUGCUGCAAAUUAAAUUUCUUGUCUGAAAAAGGGGUGAGGAUGUUCUGAAACAGGGAAGAAGAUUAUUUGCAUGGCAAGACAUUCGAUUGGAGAGCCUAAUUUAUCAGACAACAUAGGACAAGAACAACACCAUAUGCUGCAUCACUUUGCCAACACAAGCUUCAUAAAUCAGGAGGGGUCAGGGUUUGGAGGGCUGGAGGAAGCAAUUGUGCUGCAGAAUGGAGUUAGGAGGAUUCAUAAAGAUCACGAGGCAAAUCAAACUUUAUUCACCACAUCACUCAAGCAAACUGCAGCAACGCUGGAAAUGUUCCCUUCUUGGCCUAUCAGAUUCCCCACAAGAAGGAGCUCAAAAUCAGGAGAGAGUGGUGAUGAUGAUACUCUUUCAGGAUCAGCUGUGAACAACGCCACAAUUUCUUCAAUAAGCACAGACCCUUCUCCGGACAACCGCCGCCGCCGCCUUCAGCCGCCGGCCAUGGAUGCCGCCGGUGGACUCGACACCGCCAAGACUGGUGGCUCACAGCAGAUUUCAUCUACCAAACAAACCCCGGAAAAGAGAAGGGGGCCUGGUUCCCAUUCAGACAAGGUGCUUGAUGCCAAGACACAGAGGCGUCUUGCUCAAAAUAGAGAAGCAGCAAGGAAGAGCAGGCUAAGAAAAAAGGCUUAUGUGCAGCAGCUGGAAUCAAGCAGAAUCAGGCUCUCUCAGCUGGAACAAGACCUUCAGAAAGCAAGAUCUCAAGGACUUUUCUUGGGAGGAAGUUUGGUUGCAAGUGGAAAUCUCAGCUCUGGUGGUGCAAUAUUCGACGUUGAAUAUGCAAGAUGGUUAGAUGAUGACCAUAGGCAUAUGGCUGAGCUUCGAACUGCACUGCAAGCUCAUUUAACCGACAGUGAUUUAAGACUAAUAGUCGAUGGUUAUAUUGCUCAUUAUGACGAAAUUUUUCGCCUUAAAGGAGUUGCUGCGAAAUCUGAUGUCUUCCAUCUCAUCACCGGCAUGUGGACUUCGCCUGCCGAGCGAUGCUUCUUGUGGAUAGGUGGCUUUCGUCCUUCUGACCUUAUCAAGAUGCUGAUUACCCAGCUAGACCCCUUAACCGAGCAGCAAAUAAUGAGCGUUUACAGUCUCCAGCAGUCGUCGCAGCAGGCGGAGGAGGCACUAUCUCAGGGGCUCGAACAACUACAGCGAUCUUUAAUAGAUUCAAUCGCCAAUGGUUCGGUCAGCGACAGCAUGCAUCACAUGGCUACAGCAUUAGCCAAACUUUCUGACCUCGAAGGUUUUGUCCAACAGGCGGACAACUUAAGACAGCAAACGCUGCAUCAGCUGCUCCGGAUUCUGACGGUGAGACAAGCGGCGCGCUGCUUCUUGGUCAUCGGAGAAUACUAUGGUCGAUUGCGCGCACUAAGUUCCCUUUGGGCUUCCCGGCCGAGAGAGAUGAUGAUUGGGGAUGAGAAUUGUUGCCACAACACAAGUACGGAGUUGCAGAUGCUGCAACAAUCUUCAUCUCACUUCUCUAACUUUUGAUCAUAACUUAGGUUUAUUUUAUUUUCCUACUUUUAGGCUUUUUCUCACAUACUUUUUGCCUACCCUUUUCUAGAAUUACAUAUAUAUAUAUAUAUGUAUGUAUGUAUGUAUUAUACGAUGGGGUUUUGUAAAAAUUAUUUUAUUAAAUAUACGAUUGCUUUAUGUUUCUUGCUA